AUGAUUGAGGCCAACAACAAUAAAUGCAAGCCAGACCUUAAAGCACAGCUAAAAGGCUAUCUAAACCAGUGGUUGGCGUACGGGUAUCUUGGAGCUCUAGAGCUACAUCGCAGAGUCUUGUGUCUUACUUCCCAUCUCUGUCUGGUCACUACGGCAGGGUCAGGGUGUUCUCAUAACGGAUGUACUGGAUGGUCUAAAAGAUUGUAUGCAAGAGUUGAACCAUCUGGAAACUUCAAAAGAGUCAGUGUUCCUCUUCUCAACACAAGUGGAUGACUCAGCUGAUCACGUAACAGCGACAAAUCGUCCCGCUACCACACAGUUCAAAGGAAGAGCAAAACUGACAGAAAGGCAGAAGAAGGGAGCAGACAAAUGCAUCACCAAAGUAACAGAAACCUUUGAGUUGAAGAAGGUGGCAGAGGGAAACAGAAGGUUCAGAAGAUCAAAACAAACCUCAUCCCAGCCAUUGCUUUAUGCCUUGAUGAGCGGUAUCAAUCUCUGCAAGAGCCAGUCAUCCAGGCAAUGA